AUGGAUAAAGAGAAAAUUCGAGCUAUUAAAGAAUGGCCUACAACAAAAACAGUAACAAAAGUCAGAAGUUUUUAUGUGUUGGCAACAUUUUUCAAGCAUUUUAUCAAAAAUUUUAGUAGUAUUGCAGCGCCUAUUACAGAGUGUCCAAAGAAGGGGAAGUUCCAGUGGAGCGAAAAAGUUACAACCAGUUUUGCUGUGCUAAAUGAGAAGCUAUGUACUGCUCCUGUUUUAGCAUUACCAAAUUUUAAUACAUUAUUUGAAGUUGAAUGUGACACUAAUGGAGUUGGGAUAAGAGCUGCUCUUUCACAAAAGAAGAAACCAGUAGCUUAUUUCAGUGAGAAGCUCAAUGAUGUGAGGCAUAAAAAGACCACGUAUGACAAAGAAUUUUAUUCUGUAUUGCAUGCUUUGAAGAAUUAG